ACAAUUCACAGCCCUACUCGUUAUUCUGAAAAUUCUCUUUCUCACCGGGGAAGAGAGAGAAGGCUGUGUAUAGUGUUUGUGACCAUCAAGAUGGCGAUGCAAACUGGCAUGGGGGUUACCAAGAUUUUAAUCUUGGCUGGAGCAGGUACUUUUCUGCUCAAGAACGGGAAGUUAUCUGAUUUAUUGGGCGAACUCGAGUCACUGUUGAAAGGUUUGAAAAAUUCUGGGGAUUCAUCAGAUGCUGACUCCGACGCUGUCGCUGCACAGGUGCGGCGACUAGCGAUGGAGGUACGACAACUGGCCUCUGGAAGACAGAUAACUGUUCUGAAUGGGAAUUCUGGCCAAAUUGGUAACAUGACAUCUCUUAUAGUACCAGCUGCUGCCUUGGGCGCAUUGGGGUACGGAUACAUGUGGUGGAAGGGUCUUUCAUUCUCAGAUCUUAUGUAUGUAACAAAGCAAAACAUGGCAAAUGCUGUUUCAAACCUGACAAAACAUCUGGAGCAUGUCUCUGAUGUUCUUGCUGCAACAAAGAAGCAUUUGACACAGCGAAUUGAGAACUUGGAUGGGAAAUUGGAUGAGCAGGUGGAGAUAUCCAAGUUAAUUAGGAACGAGGUUACUGAUGUUCGUGGUGACCUUUCUCAAAUUGGCUUUGACUUGAAUGCACUACAGAGAACGGUUUCUGGUUUGGAUGGGAAGAUUGGUUCAUUGGAAUAUAAGCAGGAUGUUACAAAUGUUGGUGUGUGGUUCCUGUGCAACUUCGCUGAAGGGAAGAAGGUUAAAAUGCCUGAAGUGCUGCAGGAGCAACUUAAACUUCCUGGCAAGUCCCGUGGUUUUCUCACAUCUUCAGAAACUCCAAGUCUUAUGGGUCUCAAAGAGAUUGCGGACUCUUUAGCGUCAGAGAAUGCUGAUGGGUCAAUAAGGGAUGGUGUCAUGCAAAAUGGUAUUGAUAAGACAGAUGAUCCAAGGAGGACCCUAAAGAGGGCUGCUACGGCCAAGUGCUGAUCAGAACGUUUUUGGAAGAAGUCAAUCUAGUUAUUGUUUUCGGCAUGUCCUGGGGCAUACGAUGAUUCUUUCACCAUCUGGGGCGUUAAUAUACCUACUAAAAUAUCCCCCCAAGGACACACGAGUAUAAAUACCCUCUUAUGGAGGAAGACUACUUUAACAGGAGUUUCAGAUUGUAUACGUGGUUAUACUCUAAAACUUGAUGUAUUAUUACAAAACCAACUUUUAGUUCAUGAUUCUUUCACGAACAAAAAAAAAUUGAUGUUACUUUGUUGAUGUAGUGGCUUGAUUUUGUUCUUUUUUUGGUUCAGAUGGACUCACAUGUAUAUUUAUUAAACCUUAUUCUUGAAAGAUGAUAUAUGUGGGAUGGGAACCAGAACUGGAUCUCAGGCCACUAUUCCGUUGGCAGUAA